AUGGACGAAUUCUAUACAGAUGCGCAGUAUGGCAAUGACUUCGGCUACUACUCCACGGGCCGUGUGUUGGGGAAGAGCGACGGCAAGAGCGCUCAGGAAUUCGCUCAUUACACGACCUACCCGAUGGCGCUCUCCCCACAUUUUGGUCGAGUGCUUUGUCGAGUGGUCUUCAUCAUGUGGCUUCAGAUGAACGAGAAGGCACCCUUCCGUGUGGUCGAAAUUGGCGCAGGAAGUGGCCAGCUGGCGCAUGACAUCCAAGAAUGUGUGAAGCGGAACGAAUUGGGCAUCGACCCGCCCGUGUGGAGGCGGCGUUUCUUUCUUUUCGAACCCGCGGUUUCGAUCCGCGUGUUCUUUGGGUCGAAGACACCAGAGGUUCGUUCUCCCGGCAAAGUCCACCAACCGAAGACCCAAUCAACUUCAAUCACCCUAUUAUUAUGA